CAAUCGAUAGGCAACACUUCUGACGUUAAACAGCACUACUUGCCAUUGUUUAUAAACUAUAAAACAAUAGAAAACGUUACAGGUACAGUAAAUAGCAUGCAAUCCGAACACUGGGGCGCCAUGGAUGAGGAUAGCGUUGGGCUAGCGCCCGACAAGUAUGUGCCGACGACCGCCAAGCGGCUAAAACUGGACGAGAUACGGCAACGCGGCGAUUUGGCGCUGCUGCCCGUGGACAAACACGAUCAAAUUGAGCUGAAGAGCUCGCUGGUCACGCAAACCAUCGAGGUGAUGAAACAAACCGAAGUGCUGCAAUCCCUCAUCGAUACGUACUCGAACAAAAAUGGCACUUCGAACUAUCUGCUGAACCCCUGCCAAAUGAUACCCGAAGUUGACUUCCCGCCCGAAAAUGCCGCCGAUUUGGUGAGCGAACAAAAAUUCCAGAAACCCAUCUGGUUUAUACCCACUAUGGACACGGCAUAUUCACGCGGUGAUCCGCAACCGCAUCCCGAGAUCUCUAGCAAUACCUGCCGCCAUGCGCUACGCAAAGUCAUGUGCGGCCUGCUGCGUCUGGCGGGCUUCACCGACUGCUCCGAGACGGCGGUCAUGCUGCUAACCGAUGCGGCCGAGGAAUUCUUGCGCAGUUUCAUUACCGAGUAUCGCGGCUACUAUGACAUCGAUGACAGGCUGGAGAAGUCGACAAUGCUGCAGCUGCUGCCGCUGGAGCGGGCCUACUUCAGCAUGACGGGCACAUCGCUCACCCAGGUGCACAACUACUACAAGCACAAGGUGAUAACGCGCAAUCGCGUCGAGAUAGCCGAGUUCAACAGCGUGCUGCAAGAGUACGACAAGCUGAUGAAGGAGAGCCAGAGCAGCAUGCAGAAACAGCAGCAGCUGCAGCAGCAUCACGACUUCAAUGGCCACGAUUUUCUCAACAUACUUGAAAUGCAGUCGGGCGACGAUGGCGCCAGCAGCGCCAACGGCAGCAACAGCAUGGGCAACAUUGUUGGCGACAUGCUCCAAGAGCUGGGCGGCAGCACAAACUCCAGCAUCUCGCUGAGCAAUGGCCAGCAGCAAAUACUAACCGGCAAUGCAUUGUACGGCCUGCUCGAUGGACAAAUGAGCAAUACCAGCUCCACAAUGGCCAGCACCAGCAACAGCAACAACAACAACAACAACAACGGCAACAACAUCAACAACAACAACAACGGCAACAACAACAACAACGGCAACAACAACAACGGCAACAGCAGCAACAACAACAACAACUAUCAGAACAAUUUCGAUACUUAGCACGACAGACAGCACGUUAGCUGUAGCAUUAUUAUCAUACGAGACAUCGAUGAACAUAUAUUUUCUUCACCUGAGUGAAUAUAUGGCUACAGCUACGGCGAGCAACACUUUUGUCUGUAAAGUUGUACUCGCCAAGUGCCCAAUACUAAAUAUCCUUGCAGGCGCAGAGCAAUAUAAACUAUCAAGCUCGAAUUUCAAGUGAAUUGGAUAGAAAAGUUUUCCAUACCCAACCAAAAUUUCUUUAGCAAUUCUUCCUCUAAAACUGUGUAUGAUAUAGUAGUCCGAUAUAUAUAUAUAUAUAGUUAGCAUGGUGGAGCUCUUAAAUGUUAAGAUUGUUUCAAAAUAUCUUGAAAAUCAAAAAGUUUUUAUGAAUCGCACAGAUGUGAGCAGCACACUGAAGCGCUUAAUCAAUAUGUUAGUUAGAUUCUAUUGAAAAAUGAAUAAUGUUUUUUACAAUAGUUGAUAAGGCAGCUAAUUAUGAUAUAGUAUUCCGAUCUGAACCACAAACUAACUUGUAUGAAAUUCAAUGCGACGAACGUGGCUUUGACAUCGUCUCGCACGUUUCCAGUUGUCCGCUCAAAAGAGUUGUGGACAAAUUAAGCGAUAACUCAGGAAAAUCGAUGUUAAUUAGUUAAGCUUAAACAUGUUUUUUAUUUCAAAUUGUAUAUGUAUACUUUUGCAUGUUUUCGCAUGGAUUGUGAACAAAAACACGUUGCUAUUUUAAGUUAAAAAUGAAAUCCCUAAAUAUGUAAGAGACUAGUUGCGUCGUCUAUAUAAGAUAUCUAUAAGAAGAUAAUCCCUAUGCGUUGCACAAUUCAUAACAAUAUAAUUCUAAUAUCAGCUGCAAUAGUAUAACAAGUGUGUAAGCAAGUUAUCAGCUGCUGUCAAAUAGAAUCAGGAACUGUUUAUAGCAAUAAUAAGUCGCCUUAUACAUACA